AUGAAUGACCCUUUUACGCCUCAUGGACGUCCAGGGCGUAAGAAACAUCUUGGUCUCUCGAACAAAGAGUACACAAAGAUCACGGGCACAAUCGCGUCUGUAAGACGCAACCGCCAAGGAGGCCCCGAAGAUGAAGAGGAGGAGGAAGCGGCUUUCGACUUCAGGCAGAACAAGCUGAGCGAGCCAUCAUUCAUCGCGGAGACGUCGUUCGUUAGGGCACCACUCAACUCACGCGUCGGAGCGAGUCAAUCAAAAACGAAGGAUAAAGGCAAGGGGCGCGUGGAACCGUUGGACGUACUACCGGUGGACAUACAGGAGGCGCUCAUAUUGGAAGACCUGUUGUUUGUGCUCAUGGGUAUCGAAGGAACUUACAUCACUUACCAUCCCGAUUACUCUGCCGAGGACGACGACCCGCUGAUGGGUGUUCGAUUCGCGGUGUCGUCUGCGCUUGAUAUAUCACUCAGAGACCUGACGGAGCGCAUCCUCCCGCUCGGAACGUAUUACACCGCCAUAUCUUCCUUUAUCGAGAGCAGGAGUCAUCUCGACUACGGAUUGGUUAACCAUGCACUGUGCGCUUCUAUUCGCGACAUGCUAAGGGAAUAUCAAACCCUACUAUCUCAACUUGAACACGCAUUCAACACUUCCCCCAACUUCUCUCUCCAAAAGCUGUGGUACCACGUCCACCCAACGAUGCACGCCCUCUCCCUCAUCUACGCCCUCGUCCUCGAACUCGCUUUCCCCGAGUCAGACGACGCUGACGCGAGCGCAAGUUCCUCAGACUCAGAAGAAGACCCUGAGCUCGCUGCACGCAAUGCCGCACUCGGCCUUGGCAGUGCUGCCCUCAAAGCUGUCCUAUCCGACAUCACGCACCCUCAUCGCAGUGCAGAAGUGGUUCCCGUCAAGGGCGGAGAAGUACUAGCGGUCGUGCACGACCGUCUCGAACAUCUUGCGGGUGAUCCGAGCGCAAAGGCGGUGUACGGCGCGCUGCUGAGGGCCGCGGGCGCGCCGUACGUGCGUAUGUUGCGCGGGUGGAUUACGAGCGGGCGGUUGGAGGAUCCGUAUGAGGAGCUGUGUGUGAAGGAGAGCAGGUUUAUCAGCAGGGGUAUUCUGGAGGUGGACUAUACGGAUGAGUAUUGGGAGCGGAGGUAUACGCUGAGGGAUGGAUCAACCUCAGCGAAACGCCAACAAGCGGGUAUCCCGGUCCCACGUACGGAGGGUGGCCGACUGCCGGGUGGAGCAUGUAUCCCUCCGGUGCUCGAAGGGUGGAAACACAAGAUUUUGCUCGCCGGGAAGUACCUGAACGUGAUACGCGAAUGCGGGAUCGAGGUGCAGACAAGUGAAGCGCUCGAGAAAGCGGGUGAACUGGAAAUGGCCGACGAUAAACUCUACAAAUACAUCGAAGACGCAUACACCCACGCAAACCGCACUCUCCUUGCACGCCUCCUCGCCCCGGACGCCCUCGUACCCCGGCUGCGCUGUCUGCGCCGCGUAUUCUUCCUCGCACAGUCAUCGUUCCUCACGCACUUCCUCGACCUUGCCGGGAGCGAGCUGCGAAAACCCGCGAAGAGCGCAUCGCUCGUGAAGAUGCAGUCUUUGCUGGAUCUCGCUCUCGCGGGAUACGGAGGCGGCGAGGGCGGACAGGGUGACGAUGGCAGUGGUGGAAUGUACAAAGAGGACGUGAAGGUGACCCUGGCGAGCAACGCGCUGUAUGAGUGGCUGUUGAACGUGAUCAAUGUGAGCGGGGUGAUUGUUGGAGAAACAGGUGAGGGAGACGGUGACGGUGGGGUUGGGGAGGAGCAUCAGAAGAAGGAGAAAGAGAAAGAAAAGGAUGAUAAGAAGAAUAUUCUCGCCAUUGAUGCACUCUCACUGGACUACCACGUUCCCUUCCCCCUCUCCCUCGUCAUCUCUCGAAAAACCAUCUUACGCUACCAGCUCAUCUUCCGUUUUCUCCUCCACCUCAAACAUGUAGAACAGUCCCUCACUGCUAUGUGGGUCGAGCAGAAAACGCUACCAUGGAAAAAGCGCAUGCCCGCCUCGACGCCGUACAUUGAGUUCGAGGCGUGGCGCCUACGCGUCGCACUGCUGCGCGCACGCAUGCUCGGGUUCGUGCAGCAGAUCCUCGCGUUCGCUACAUUUGAAGUGCUCGAGCCGAACUGGCGCAAGAUGGAGGCGAAGCUCAGCAAAGUUGCGACGGUGGACCAGUUGAUGAGGGACCAUGUCGACUUCUUGGAUACGUGUUUGAAGGAGUGCAUGUUGACGAGUGCGAAGCUGCUCAGGGCGUACUCGCGAAUGAUCGUGACCUGCUCCACUUUUGCCCUGUACACGUCCUCGUUCACCAAGUCUGCGAAUCAAGCGAUCGCGGCUGCUGAAGCGGGUGAUGGUGAUCAGGCGAUGAACAAGCGAUGGGAUUUCCUCAAGAAGUUCGAGUCUAACUUUGAUCAUUGGUUCAAGUUCCAUCUCGACUGCGUGCAGUACUACGCGUCGAGCGAGAACGUGUCGCUACUUCCCCUCGUUGUGCGGCUGAACAGUAUCAAGCCGAGCUCUCAACCCUAA